AUGCAGGGUCCAGACCGCAUACGCAGGGCAGCACUCUCCGAAGAAAAUAUACGCAAAGCGCGUGUCGCAAAGCUGCAAGAAGAGCUUGCAAGUCUAGAGAAAGAUCUCGCCAACACCACACCAACAACAAGAGACGCAGUCGAACAGGUCGCUCGGACAGAAUGCCAGCAGCUUACCAACAACAUCAUGACCAAACUACCGCGCGAGAUACGCGAUAUGAUCUACUUCCACCUCAGCACACGGGAUCGCGAACUCAUCGAGCGCGAGCACUUCCGGACGACCCUGGAUCCGAUAACGAGGCUCUACUCGUACGACUUUCACAGAUGGAAAGCACAACACUUCCCCGCGCACUAUUGGAACACCGAUUACGUUGGUCAGCCCUUCUACCGUGAGCUCGUGGAGAACUACUACAGAACAAGCACCUUUCUCUUCGGCGACGAUCCAGGAGUAAUGAAGCGUUUCCUCACCACCGACGAGAUGAAACUAGGCAUUCCCCCAAAAGCACUAGUCUCCAGCGUCGAAAUCGGCCUGAAUGCUGUCUCGCAUGACCGCGGUUCGUUUCGCGCUUACAUGUUUGGCAUACCCAAGUCACCGGAGCGAAUGCGUGAGGCUCUCGAUGGCAUCUUCGAACUGAAGCCUGGCGCUAAGAUCGUGAUUCGUUUCGUGACGGAGGCGAAGACCAAGGAGGAGAGAGAUGAGCAUUGCAAGGGGGCGAUGGCGAUGCUAUUUGAUGACGCGCAGGUGGAGAAGAUGAAGAUGUAUAAGGUUAAGUUUGUGGUGGAUGAGGGGCAGGUUUGGGAUUUGGCGGAGGCGAUGAGGGAGGAGUGGAUGGGUAUUCAUGGAUGA